GAUAAUCUGUCAAGUCAGAAGAAAUGUUUAUUAUCAAAAAAGCAAACGCAAUAUCCAUACGUUUAUUGAGACGGUCAUUUAUUCUUCAAGAGCCAGUUCUGAGCAAAAUGGGUACUUCAUUCUCAAGAUCUUAUUCCCCGAAUAGUGGUAGAUGUAGCGAUAGUACCGAAAGACGAGGAACUAUCUCCCGUGUCGACUCGACAACCGAAUAUGUGGAAUCAAUUGUCUGCAAUGAAAAUGACAUAAAAGAGAAUGAAAUGAAAAUAGUUGAUAUAGGAGAAGAUGGAAAAGUGUUACUUGUCAAACAGAAAGGUGAAAUCAACGCUCUGGGCACUAAGUGCACACAUUACGGUGCUCCGCUAACAUCCGGCGCUCUGGGCGAUGGCAGAAUUAGGUGUCCUUGGCACGGUGCCUGCUUCAACAUCAAAACGGGAGACAUUGAAGACUUCCCAGGAUUCGAUUCUCUGCCGUGUUAUCAAGUGACUGUUACAGAAAAAGGCCAAGUUAAGGUAAAAGCAAAGCUGAGUGAUUUAAAGUCUAAUAAACGUAUCAAAGAUAUGGGUUCAGUGUCGCCUUGCGACGGCUCUGUUAUAGUGAUAGUAGGCGGAGGUCCUUCUGGAGCUACCUGCGCCGAGACACUGCGAAGUGAGGGUUUCAAGGGCCGUAUUACAAUCAUUGCUAAAGAAAACUAUUUACCUUACGACAGAAUCAAAGUAUCCAAAAUUGGCACUGUCACCGACAUCGAAAAACUACAAGUAAGAACCCAAGAAUACUACCAAGAUGCUAACAUUGAAAUUUUAAAAGGCGUUGAAGCCACCAAUGUGGAUUCUGAAGAGAGGCUCGUCUAUCUAAACGACGGUUCCAAAGUCCGCUACAGUGCCUUGUAUUUAGCCACGGGAUGUAAGCCCCGUGUUCCCGAAAUAUCAGGAAUUAAUUUGAAAAAUAUCUUCACUGUCAGAAACUUUGAAGAUUCCAUGAAUAUUCUACGAACAUUGGGUUCAGAAAAAGAUAAAGACGUUGUAGUUCUUGGCCUAAGUUUUAUUGGUCUAGAGAUUGCGGCUUCCUGUUGUGCAAAAGCGAAAUCUAUGACUGCAGUCGGCAAGGAUACCGGUCCACUUGCACAGGUAUUUGGUCAAGAUAUAGGUCGUAGCCUCCAAAAGUUGUUCGAAGAGAAAGACGUAAAGUUUCAUUUCGGCACCACAAUAGUAAAAUGCAACGGUGAGAACGGAGCGAUAAAAUCGGUGGAGUUAGAUAAUGGAACCACACUAAAUGCAGACAUACUCAUUUUAGGCGUGGGAAGCACAUUCCACACCGAUUUCCUCAAAGAUAGUGGUAUUAAAUUAGAAUCCAACGGUGCGGUUAGCGUCAAUGAUAAAUUGGAAACGAACAUCAAAAACGUUUAUGCUGGAGGUGAUAUAGCAUAUGCGCCGGUUUAUGCUCACGGGAACAAACACAUGUGUAUAGGACAUAUUGGGCUCUCUCAGUACCACGGUAGGGUUGCUGCUCUAAACAUACUGAAGAAAGAAACUCCCUUGAAAACGGUUCCGUACUUCUGGACAAUGCUGUUUGGGAAGUCCAUACGUUAUGCUGGAUGUGGCAAAUCUUCGAAUAUACAAAUUGAGGGAGAUAUAAAUGAGUUGAAAUUCGUCAUUUUCUUUUUCGAUGAAUCAGAUAAGGUAAUUGCAGUAGCGUCCUGUAUGAGAGACCCUAUUGUCUCACAGUUUGCUGAGUUUCUAUAUCAAGGAAAAACUCUCCACAAAAAAGAUUUAAAAGACGAUCCUUUCGCUUGGACUAAAUCUAUAGUUCAAUGAAUCGAUUGAGCUCAAUCACUAAUUCAUUAUCACAACUUCAGUUAUUUAUUGCUACCUUAGAUUACAAUGUUAUGUAAUUAAAUUAAUGUGAUAUAUUAAUUUAGUUCCGUAAUAUU